CGAUAAAUAGGGAACCCCAAAUCCCCCGGACUCCUCUUCGGCCGUUCCCCUCCCGGCGCACACGCUUCGCCGCCGCGCGUCCCCCACCCUCCUCCUGCCGCCUGCGGAGCAGACGCCGGCGCGCCUCUUGGUUUGCUGCCUGACGUUGGAGUCCAGACGCCAACCACCUUCGUCGGCGCAUCACUUUCAGCCGGAGUGUAUUGCCAAAUCAAUUAUGGGAUCUUCUAGGCUGAAUUUGGAAGGAUUUGAGCCAUUUAUCGGUCCAUCGUUGGAGCACCUGCUGCCACAGCUGUCACGUGAGGAGCGGGUACGAUUGCAGAGCCAACUGGGCGAGCACGAGCGCAAAGUGAAGCGAUGGAGUAAGAAGUGCCCUCCAUUACCUUCGACCCACUCAGAAGGAACGCGCGACUCCUCCAUCAUGCCUCACGUCCGCCAUGCUAUCCGCCAUUACAAUGCCAGGCACCCGGGUGACGAGUUUGAUGUUGUGAAGCCUCUGAUGGAAUCCAAUGCUAGCUUCAGGAAUCAGCUGUGGGUCCACGUCAACUUCUGGGCUCGCAGCCGCAAAAGCAAUAAGAUCAAGCGAUUUUUUGCUGAGGUGCACUACGAUCCAAAUCCCAUCGUUGAAGUGUGCAUCGUCAUUGAAGAGCCUCUUGACAAAUACAGGAGGAGCUGCGCAUUCUGUCCUGCCAACUGGGACAUUUUGCACCCUGUGGGUUCCCGUAAGUUUCUUUGUGGAAAUGACAAGGACAGGAUUGAACAACAACUCAAGCCUCGUGUGCUCUCUGAAUAUCUCGGAAUGCCAUUCACUUGCUGCCCGGCCUCCCCCAUUCAAGAGAAAAAAGGAAAGAAGAAGUUUUGAACUUGUUAUGGCCGUCUGUAGUUUCUGACCAUGUCGAUCAGUUCAGGUGACAUUUAGCAGAUAUAUGGAGUAGAUAUUUGUAGCUUUUUGGUUAUUUCUGUGUGUUAUUACUUUAUUGUUACGUUGCGUUAGCUAAAUAUAAUAUGUAAUGGAUCAGGUCAGGUGACAUUUAGCAUGUCAGGAUGGCUAAGUCUCACUCUAUGUCUCCGUCGAUUCUAUAUUCCUUUUAUCUUUGCA